AUGAAGCAAAUGGUAAGCCUGCUGCUGUUGCUGGUGGCGGUAGCGCGUGUCAGCGUGAGUGCGAGUGUGUUGCGGCCGCGUCGCGAUGUCUCACACUUGCCUUUGGAGUAUUUGCCACCUGUGGUGUUGCCACCGGUGCCCAGUCGCGAUUAUUUGCCGCCCGUUGAACAGCAUGCGGCUAGCUUGUCGCAUGUCUUGACGCCGCCGCUUGAUUAUUUGCCACCCACCAAUGAGUACUUGCCGCCAGUUGAAACAACAAGCGAGCCAGCAACAACAACAACAACGACGACGCUUGCAACAACAACAGCCAGCGAGCCGCUUACAACAGAAGCAGCUGCCAUCCCAACCACUGAACAGCCAGUUCAGGAAACGGAGGCGCCAACCCAUGAGGAUAUUGUGGAGCCAGCGGGCUUGCUGCAGUCCGAUGGCUAUCACUAUGCCACGCCCGAAGUCAUACCCGAUCUAACGCCCACCGUCGAAGCCUAUCUGCCGCCACUCGAGGACAAUGCCGUGGCCGUCGACCCGGUGCCACAGAGCGAGGAGGAAUCCGCAGCGCUGCUGGAUGAUGGCUAUCAUUAUCGAGCGAUCAGGCGACUAAGGCUCUAA